AUGAAAGUUUUAAUCGAAAAAAUUGAUGUAUCAAGUAAAACUAAUAAGCAAUUCUCCUAAAAAUCCAUUAAAAAGAAAGCUCUAAUAAAAUGCAAUGCUUGCAUUGAAAAUAAGCUAGUUAGUCAAUAAAUCAAAAAGCAAUGCAAAUAAUAUAAAUCUAUUUAUGAGUCUAUUGAUUAAUUAAUUAAAAUGUGUAAAACAAUAGCUAAUUUAUUACUUUUCUCAACAAUCAAGCAAGCUGAAAAAGAUCUAUACUGCUUAAACAUAUGA